CGUCCGGGCAGCCCCGCCCGCGCGGCUGGGGUCGGCCCGUGAAAACUUUUUACAGAUGGCGACAGCAUCGCUGGGUCCCUUGUCAAAGUUGUUGACAUUAGUGUCGAUAUAUUUUUUGCUUCAUCGUGAAUUCAAAUUCGAUGUGAUCGUGAUAAAUCAUGUACGCAACGUGGAAAGUUACUGAACUGAAGGCGGAAUUGAAAAGACGCGGAGCUUCUUUACGAGGUAAAAAGGCAGACCUCGUAGAAAGGCUAAACCUUUAUGACAAAAACUUCAAUUUUGGCAGACUUGAAUAUGUGGAUGAAGAAGAACCACCCAUGGCGCUGCCCCCAAACGAUUCUUUUAAAGAUAUAAAUAGCAACACUAUACUGCCACCUGUGAACAAGUCGCAGAUCAGGUUCUAUUUGAAUUGCACAGAAAAAAAAUUUAAGGCAGCACUUGAUUUAUAUGAGUCACGGCAUCUGGUAACAGCACGAGCAUCAGUUGUUGGUGACACUACAUAUAUAAAGGGAUCUUGCCGUAAAACUAUGAAAAAGUUAAUGUAUGUUGUGCAGAUCAAAUUGAAAUCCACUGGAAUAUAUUCGGGCACUCCAGUAAGAGCUGAGAAAUUACCUAAGAAAAGAAGUGGUGUUCGAGUUAUAUUUAAACCUUAUCCUACUGAAAAGUUGGAUCUUCAAAAUUAUAACCAUAGGAUAAGAAAUCUGGUUCUCAAUUUCAAGAAUUCCACAAUGCCUAUGAAACAACUUUAUGAGCCAGCAAAUACUUAUGGUAUUGUAAAUGACCAUGUGUACACAACACCAAACCCAGAAGAUGUUGUACUUAACAAUCUAAAAGUAUUAAAAAUAUCAAAAGAGGAUAUAAAAAAUAUUGAAAUCUCUACAAGAGAUCAAGUAUUGAGCUCUGAAUGGCAUUACCAACACAAAAUUAGAAUUACAGCAAGUAAUUUCCAUACAGUGUGCCAUCUAAAACCUAGCACAAAGGCAAAAUAUGCUGAACAAUUGGCACAAAAGAUACAGAAUUUCAAUCCAGAGCCACCAAUCAUGGUAAAAUGAAUGAAAAAAUUGCACUAGAAAAAUAUUGUAGAGAAAAUGAUUUGAAUGUUGAACCUUCUGGCCUGUUCAUCAGCGAAGAAAGACCAUAUUUGGGUGUGACACAUUAAUGACACAAUAACUCACUAAAUUAAAAUUUGUAUGAAAGUCUCUGCCACGUGACAAAAAUUAACCAACUAAAGAUAAUGUUCUCCAUUGCAUUGCAUUUUUUGUAACACAACAGAACCAAAGAGUAACCAUAUAAAGAAAACAAUUACCUAGUUAAAGUUCUUCUCAUUGGUUAAUGUUUGUAGCAUGAUUGAAACUCUCAUACACUUAAUGAAUAAGCUAUGGUGUCAUUAAUGUGUCAAAAUUUUUGUUCCUUACCCAUUUAGCUGCGUCCCCUGAUGGGUUGUUGGGACCUGACACCAUCAUCGAAAUUAAGUGCCCAUAUGCUAGCAGAUAUAGACAAGUCAACAAAACAGCUGUGCCUUACCUGAUUAAAGUGAACAACAUAUUGUCCCUCAAGAAAAGUUCACCAUACUAUUACCAGAUACAAGGACAGUUAUAUUGUACUGGGCGGUCAUACUGCAAUUUAAUAGUCUACACUUACAAAGACAUGAGAGUGAUAUAUGUAAGCCGGGACAAUCAUUUUAUAAAGGAAAUGCUCUUAAAAUUAGAUGACUUUUUUUCAAAUCAUUUCAAAAAAGAGAUACUAAAGAAACACUUGUACCUUGACUAUGAUAAAAUGAAUGAAUAAAUAAGGAGUACUUAGUGGGUGAGACCAACCAAAGUUUUGGUUUAGGUAACUUUCUUGACUUACAAUGUUAUAUGUAUAUGUAUAUAAAUCUCAUGUCUUAGUAAGUGUCAUGGAAGAUUUCAUGUCAUGUCUUUGUUAGUUAAAUAAACAAUAUAAUUUAUAAUCUCAUCUUUUAUUAAUCUACUCUAAUCACAUAAAUUACAGAAACAAAAUGUAGCUGUACCUGGCAUAUGUUACAAUGACAUGCAAAACCUUAGGUUUAAUUGUAUGGUCUAACACACAAUUGGCUGUAAAAUACAUUUCUUUUAUUCAAAUAUACAACUGUAAUAGAUAAAUAACAUACAUAUUAUUUUGGAACUAUGCCUUCUCUAAAAUUGCACAACAUCAAACAAAUAAAAAAAAUCUUUGAAGCUAGUGGUACAUAAAACUGAUUCAGAUCAGUUGUUAAUAUUUUAUAAGUUUUUGUUAAACCUAUAAGCCUCUCAAUAUGUACUCGUUUGGAAGCCAGUUUUUGGUCUAAUUUUAAUAGAAGACCUGGGAUCUGAGAUUUUCCUUUUAAGAAGGUAGGUAUAUUGAUGCCCACUCCCUUAGGGGCAAAUAAAUCUUGAACA